AUGUUACCUCUACGACAGAUAAAACCCAAGAACGCACGAACGAAGCGAUACCUCGACAACAAAGCCCCACAACAGACCGAGAACCCCCGAACAACACUCUUCCUCAAAUACACCACCUGCAGCGAGAUCCUCCAACUCCUCCUCACCGACCUCUACGCUCUCAAACGACCCCUAGCGGUCAAAUUCGGCAAGAAAAACGACAUCCACCCCUUCGAAGACCCCUCCAGCCUCGAGUUCUUCAGCGAAAAGAAUGAUGCCUCCCUCAUGGUCUUUGCCUCACAUAGCAAGAAACGGCCACACUGCCUGACCUUCAUCCGCUUCUUCGGCUUCAAAGUCCUGGAUAUGAUUGAGCUUUCCGUGAUUCCCGAGACCAUGCGAACACUGAGCCAAUUCAAGAACGAAAAGACGGCGCAAGGACUGAAGCCACUGCUGAGUUUCUCCGGCUCCGGCUUCGAGAGUCCGACGCCGAACGCGUAUACUCUGGCCAAGAGUGUACUCCUGGACAUGUUCAAGGGCCCGGAUGUCGCCGAGGUGGAUGUGGAGGGCCUGCAGUACAUGAUCCACUUUUCAGUGGACGAGGAGGACGGCGAUGAUGCGGUCAGCAAACCUCAAAUCCACAUGCGGAGCUACCUUAUCCGCACUAAGAAAUCCGUCCCCGCCUCCAACCUCCCUCGUGUCGAGGUAGAAGAAAUGGGACCACGCGUAGAUUUCAGGGUAGGGAGGAUCCAGGAAGCGGACCCAGAGAUGUUGAAGGAGGCUAUGAGGAAGCCCAAGGGUAUGGACCCGAAGACGAAGAAGAAUAUCGAGACGGAUAUCAUUGGUGAUAAGGUUGGGCGCAUUCAUCUGGGAAAGCAGGAUCUGGGGAAUUUGCAGACGAGGAAGAUGAAGGGGUUGAAGAGGAGUAGGGAUGUUGUUGAUGGGGAUGGGGAUGAUGAGGUGAUGGGUGUGGCAGAGAUGGGGUUGGAGGGUGAUAAGAGGGCUAGGGUGGAGGUGUAA